GAACAUUGCCUGUCAGAGGCGAAAGCAAAAAGCUAAAAAGCUAAUAUUUUGUAUUUAAUCAGUUUAAAGAUGUCCUCCCCCUACGAUCGAGCUGUUACCAUAUUCUCGCCGGAUGGUCACCUGUUGCAGGUGGAAUACGCCCAGGAAGCCGUUCGGAAGGGCUCGACGGUGGUCGGCGUUCGGGGGGCCAACUGCGUGGUGCUGGGCGUGGAGAAGGGCUCGGUGGCCAAGCUGCAGGAGAAUCGCACGGUGCGCAAGAUUAACAUGCUCGACAGCCAUGUGGGGAUGGCAUUCGCCGGACUAACAGCCGAUGCCCGUAUCCUGAUAAAUCGAGCCCAGGUCGAGUGCCAGAGCCAUCGACUUAAUUUCGAGAAUGCGGUGACCGUGGAGUAUAUUACCAGGUACAUUGCCCAGCUAAAACAGAAAUACACGCAGAGCAAUGGGCGGCGACCGUUUGGAAUAUCCUGCCUUGUGGGCGGCUUCGAUGCCAGUGGAACUGCACGUCUGUUUCAGACUGAACCUUCCGGAGUUUUUUACGAAUUUAAGGCGACUGCCAUUGGUCGCUCAGCAAAUACAGUGCGGGAGUUCUUCGAGAAAAACUAUAGCGACGAGGAAGUUAGAACCAAUCGGGGAACCUUCAAACUGGCCAUUGGCGCUCUUCUCGAAGUCGCCCAGUCGGUCCACAGUCACCUGGAGUUGGCCAUUAUGGAGAUCGGUUCGCCACUGAGAAUGAUGGAAAGCACGUUAAUCGCCGAAUUUGUGGACAUCAUUGAGCACGAUAAGGUGCAGGAGUUCGAGAGGAACGCGAGGAAAAUGAACAGACUUUAUACUGGUACCUAAUUCUAUUCUUUCAUCAGAUGGUCUUUGACUUGGAAAACUUCUUAAUUAAUCUUUUUCAUUCAUAUUUUUAUAUUCCUUGGUAUUUUGGUUAAUGAUAAUAUAUAUUUAGU